GCAGUUUUUCUUGCGAUGCUGCUACAACCUCGUUUCUCUUUCUUCUUCUGAAAUGUCAACAAACAAGUGCCUGAAACUGAAUUAGCGCACGAUCUCGGCAGUUUAUUUAUUUUUUUGAAUUCACAAAACAAAACUCGACACGGUUUUUGUAACAAUUUCAAUUACAAGAAAAAAUUAAGAAAAAACUUUUCGUCUUCUAUCAGAUUCAGACUCUAACACUUUUUCUAAACUUUUCUAUCUAUCUAAGACUCUACAACUUUUCGUCUAUCAGAUUCAGAUUGAUUAUGUAUCAACAUUAAAGAAAUCGUUUCACAUCCGGUCUACGUCUAUCUCCACAACUCUUGUAUCACUUUUAUACCCCCAAGCAUCUGAAAACUUGUAAAAAUUAAAACUCUUGUAAUAGAAAGAAAUUUUCGAUUUAGUUUUAGCAUCGAAUGGAGGACGUGGCAGUGUGGACCGGGCUUGCGUGCGCUAGCCUGCUUGCGAGUGUUGCACUUAAGGGGGCUUCGCUGGUGCAGCGACAUUUCAGGAGCGGCCGGGGUGCGGUGAUGUCGACUGUUCGUCGCAGGGGUGAGCAAGUUGCUAUCUUUGAGGUAGUAGACGGCGAUCCCUCUCCGCUAUUCGUUGCAGACGAAAUUGCCCACCCGAGCAGCUACCCCGUAGUGGCGAUUUCUGCAGCUGCGCCAGUGGCUACGGGAGAAGAAGAAGAAGAAGAAGAAGAAGAAGAAGAAGAAGAGGAGUCUACUUCAGAUGGGUCCGGCUUGUGCCGGCAGUCGCAGCCAGAAAAAGAAGGGAAGCCAGCUACCACAAGGAAAGACCCCCCCUCCCCAUAUAUAUUGAAAAGCUACCUCUCCGGAAAUUUGCGUUGCUGAUAGAUUUGAGGCCACAAAUCACACGCGUCUUGCAAGAAGACAAGGGCAGAAGCUUUCGCCCCAUUAUGGAGGCGAUUUGUCAUGCUGUUGGGCUUCAAGGGGAGCUGUUUGCCAUGCUGAACAACUAGACCCAUACGAGCCUACCUAGCCUGGGGAUCUGGCCGCAGUGCCUUCCUGCAAUACGCAGCUGACUCGUUUACACAAAUCCAGCGCCAGAAGUUUCGUUUUGAUAGAAGGAGGGGGGAUUUUUCCUUGCAAUACCAGCUUUGUCUUCUUCCCCGGUGCAAGUCCACACCGUAGACUUCGAAGAAAUCGCAGAUGGGCUGGAGCUGGCGACAGCUGCUCCGUCGCACGUUGCGCGUGCGGUGGGCGAAUGGGGACUCCUGGCGUUUCUAGUUUUCUACGUGUGGAGGGUGCGCGGUCAGUCAAUGCCUCGCGGGCCAGCUGCAAAGAUGAGGACUAGACGGCGUGUGCCGCUAGUACUGAGCUGCAGCCGUCAGUGUUCCAACAUGGCAGUCGCACCUGCUGAACCGGCUGACGAGAUGGCGCAAAGCGAUGGAUGCGGACCGCCAUCUGCACCAGACGGGACAGCAGCUGAUGCCACUGAACGGGCGCCGGAAACGGUGCAAGCCGAUGAAUGUGCACCGCGAUCUGGACCGGGCGGGGGGUCGUCUUCCUCACGCCUGAAUCCCCUAGCAGUUCAGCAACCGUCCAGGUCGGCCUCAUCGAAAUCCUCUGACGAGGGAGAUGUCGCUGGUGCCUCGUCGAAAAAGGCUAGUGACGCCGCGGUGAACAUGGGCAAGGUCAUGUCCGACAUCAUCCUGAAGUUUCCCCCUCUCGAUCCUGUAAAAGUGGAAAAGUUUGACGGAAAGCAGACUCGGCGCGUCCUGGAAGCAACGUUUACCUGCCAGAUGGCUGAGGCAUUUCUGAAGAUGCGUUUCCAGGUGCCCCGCGAAACCGAGGGUGCAGCUGUUCUCCAACAAGUAGUUGACUGCUUUAUCAUGUGCAAGAACGACCUUGCCGCGGGUCGAGUGUCACUGCAAACGUUGCAAUUCCUGGAAAAGAACAAGGAAAGUUUCUCUGCUUUUUACCACGUUUGCGUGGAAAAACCCAAAGAAGAGGAGCGCGCCCCGGGCACGCGAAACGAGAACGACGAGGAUGAUCCUAUGGAUGUUGACGCUGCGGACGCUGUCAUGGAAGGCGGAGAGCAAGCAGCUGCAGAUGCGGACCCGCUUGAUCUUGUGGUCGCAUCACCAACAGGACAGGCUGCGGCACGUGGUCGCUCUGCAACGGCCGACAGCUUCGGGUGUGCCACUUCGCCGCGCAAACAAAAUGAAAGAGAAAUCACAUCGACGUUGGAGCAUUGGCGUGACAAGGUAACCGGGUUCGAGUCCGAUCUGGAACUGCUCCGAGCCGCUAGCGCGCUGCCGCAAGUUUCCGCGGACGCCAAAGCGGUUAAGAUGAAUUUUGACGCCAUUCUGGCGCGCGCCCUGAUUCUGGACCAGGAGGAACAGACGCCGGACCUGGCAGCCUUUUUCAAGGCGUUCGAUGAGGACUUGGAGAUUGACAAUAGAGAUACGAACAACCGUGACAGUCUCCAUUCCGGCCCGCCGCUGGAUCACGUGGUUGAGCGGGCACGGUCGCAGCUCCACGCCUUCAUCGGAGAAUUUCAGACCGGCGAUCUUUCUCUCGAACUAAUUGGCCACUUGAGUUGGCCGCUGCCAGAGGCACUGACAAGCGCCAUUCGGAAGGAAAUGACGGGUGCGGGGACGUUUACGUCGACAAAAACCGCUGAUAAUGCACUUGUGCUUGCGCCCGCGCCAGUGAAAAGCAUGUUUGCGCAAACGCAGCUAGAGUACGACGAAGUGGAUGUCGUUUUAGCAGAGGAAAACAAGAAUGCUACCGCUGAGGACGCGGGAGAACCAGCCUCCUCCCAGCUGGUGAUCUUCGAUGUUGAGAAUGCAGCCUCGCACCGGCCGCACAAAAACAGUGAUGACGGGGCGAUCCUAUACCGCGAUAGAAUGGACCAAAUCCAAACGUUUCUCGACAUCGCGAAUGUGCAGCCAAACAGCAUUCGCGAGGUCAUUCACUUCGUGCAUUUCAUGUUCCCGCGCGGCAGCAAUGCUGACGACGCAACAGCGGAAACAAGUGCUCCUGGUGCAGGAGGAGCUCUCGGAGCAGGAGCUACGAACGCUGCUUUGGCAUCGUCAUCCAGUAGCAGUGCCGCUGGUGACAACAAUAUCGCGGACACCGUUGUCGAUGGGGAUCCGAAGCUGCAGUUUUUCCAGAAGCUGCAGCACCGGAGCGAGGCCUUUCUGCAGCAAAACACGUUGAACGACAUCUCCAAGGAGAUCAAGGAUUGGUACAAAGUUCUCCGAGAGGUGCAGGAAGACCAGAUCAAGUUGAUGAAGGCCAUCCAAGCGUCCGGCGAGGUGUUCCAGUGGUGGCGGCGGAACAUCGCAAACCCUCAGGAAUUCAAAAACUUCGUCGAUCUGGCGCACAUCGACGCGGGCGAGUCGGACAUUGACGUCGACCGCAUUUCGACACUCGACUUGCUGGGCAACUGCUUGGGACCGCUGGUCUACACGAAACUGGAAAGUAUUCUUGUGCAGAAGGACGCGCCGAGCAGUGGUCAAGAUGACGAAGCGGACUUGGAUCCGUACGGUGCCUCCCAACUCGUGCCUUUCUCGCAGGAUCUCGAUCUAGUUCUGUCACAACCAGCAGACGGCGGCAGGAACAACGCGAAGAGUACUAAACGGAAUAACAAAUCGGCUAACAAAAGAGACGUGAAGAGGGAGAACGAGAAGGCCAAGCCCGGUGCAGCACGAGGGCGACAGCGUCGCAACGCCAUCGCUGGCGGAGCGAAUGUUCUUGCCACCACGACUCCCAGUGAGUCAACCAUCAUUGACGCCCAGGCAUUGUGGAAAGUGUUGCGGCCCGCGUUCACGGAGUUGAAGAAAGACGCCAAGGGGUUGCUUGCGAAGAUUGAGGACCUCUGGCGCAACCGGUCUUGGCUCGCCAACAUCCAGGCCUCGCACGGGUCGGUGGAAGCGAGUGCCGUGAAGCGCGCCGAGGCCUUGAUCAAACACGGCGUUUUCACGCUCAGCUGUGGCGGCGAACUGAAGAGCAUUGUCUUCAAUGUGAAACAUCACAAAAACAACGCUAUGCUACAGAGGAUGGACCGUCUGCAGAUCGCAUUAAUGAACGACAUCGAGCGCGAUACGUUCCUGCAAGCCUACAAAGCGCCGAGUCCGCAGACAGCCGGAGCCGUAGGGUCGUCUUCCUCACGCCUGAAUCCCCUAGCAGUACAGCAACCGUCGAACGACGACGGCGAGGAAUUCCAGGAACUGUGCCAGCCCCACUCGAAGAUGCAGCAACUGAAAGAUCCGAACGACAAGCUGAUGCUGAUUUCAACGGAGCGCAAGACCUCUGAAAUCGACCGUCUCUGUGCGAGCUUUGCCCAGCUCGUCGAGCUGAGCCAGUGCUUGGAACAGAUCCCCGUCAAGAAGCUUCCGCUCUUCUCGCGGUUGCAGGGUGCAAUCGAGCCGAACACCCUGGAAAUUCGUCCGCGCUUGGACCUUUUGGAGCACGAGCUGCGGUUUCAGACCGCGCAGGAGGAGCAGUCUUCGGUCUGUCUGGGCUCCUUCCCUACCGCACUGUACGAAAAAGUGGUGCAGAGCUAUGAGACCAAGGUAGAGUCGAUUCGCCGAGAGUUUCCGAUCUUGGACGAAUUUACCAAUGUACAGUUAGUGAAUCUGCAGAAGGAUUUGACGCUGGUGAUGCUGCUGGACCAGUGCAAAGACACCGACUUCUUGGUGCAGUUUGGCAUUGGAUUGUUUCGCGGUUCGAUGGCGGAUGAGUUGCUCGAAAUCGGCGACGAUGUUGGUGCCCUGAACAACAGAAGAGGGUCAGCGAAUAAUCGCGGUUCGCUGCCCAGCACACGAGCCCAGGUUGCACGACUGGCGGCGGCGCCGCGAGCCCAGCCGCAAGCGGAUGUGAUUUUACUCGACAGCGAUUCCGAGAACAGCGACGUGGUCGAAGUUGAGCAAAUAAACAACAGCGCAGUGCUUCAACACCAGCUGCACGAAACGCGGGACCAGGCUUGGGAAAAUCGCCUGCAGGCCCGUCGGGCGAAGGCGAUUUUACAAAAGGUUGGCAUGUCGCAUGACAAGCUGAAGCGCAUUGUCUCUUACUUUGUGGGGACAACUUGCGAGAACCGUGCAAGUGGCAGAGACCCUACGUCUAGCGCAGCGGCGCCGGAAAAUCCUGGAUUGGAGAAGUGCUUCACCCUCUUCGCUGGCGAAACGCAGUCUAUGAAUGAAAUCGAGAUGAUCGGUGAGAAGGUUGCGAAGCUUUCUGAAAUUGAGAUCCUCGGUGGUGGACGAAACGUUGAUCCUGAGGUGGCGCGGGAACGACUGGCGAAGUUUCGAAGCGACUUUGCGGGCCAGCUCGGGUUCGCUCCGCGGGAAGUGGAAAACCAGAAGGGCAAUCUUGUCGCGCUGCUGCAUCAAGGCGCGGACUCCUACCGCGCACUUUUGGAGAACGCCGGGAAGAAGACGGAAGCCAGCACAAACCACUACGCAUUCCGAAACUUUCUGUCGCUACCACUGGUAUCCGAAGCAGGGAAUGAUGCCGGUCAAGACUCGAAGGUGAACCAGCUUAGCACUACGGCAGAUGUAGCUCCGCGUGUGCAUGCGAUCUUUGAGCAGCUGAUGGCAGCGUUCGACGAGACGCGGCAAGGUGAACAGGUUUUGUUCACUGGCGGCGGCAUCUCGCAACUGACACAGAUCGACCGGAUUGGGGGCGGGCUGCACCUCCGUUUUCUCGGCGAGCGUCUCACGGCGCGCGAAACACGCACGGCGCAGUUGGACCAGAAGAGGGCCUGUGGGUCGCUCAGGUUGCAAUCGGUCAAGCUCAGUGGGCAGCUCGAGUCCGAGAGGGAACUCGACGCGAAUUCUCUGCUGUACUUGCAAGCCUGCGAACACAACAACAGUACCGGCGCAGUUGGACUUGCGGGAUCUGCCGAAGGAGCUGCCCCAGUGAUUCCGACGCCCAAAGCAUUGAAAGACGCCGAGACGCCAAAGAGUAGUUUACAGCUCAUGGACGAAGAUGCUACCCCUGAGAGCACAGGCAGCCAUCAAACAGCGGUCUCUCCUUUUUGUCCGCACAAGCACACUUUUGCGUCAGUGCUCACACAUGCACAGCUCGACUACGUCCUGUCGAUCGCGAACUGCAUCCAGGUGCUCGCGAGGCGCGAAGAUGUGCUGUUUUGCUCCGAAACCACAACCAUCGAGGAAAUUCGUUUGUUCUUCCGCAGCUUUCUGUGUCGCCCACGGGGUGUGUGGGAGAAGGCACAAGCAGAGCUCGAACAGUUAGAGAGCAGCGGCAGCGUGUCGGCAGGGGCAUCUUUUCCGCUAACAGGUCUUCACUCAGCCGCAGCGGAACGCGAACACAAGCGAGACCAGAGGAACACCAGUUCGCUGUCUUUUCGCCCUGACGACCGCACGACAGGGCUGGAUCGGACAAAGGGAAUUCGCGGCGCAACAUCAAUGGCGAAGACGAAUGCAAAAGCCAGCAGUGCGACGUCCAGUUCCGGGGGCGGCGGCCUCUUCGGAAAGAUGAACUUGACGCUUGCGGACGUUGCCUCUUCGACCACGGCUCCUGAGAGAAGGAAGAAAAAGGGCGAAACAAACGGAAACGCCUCGGCGUCCGCAUCGCAACUUCUUGACCAUCCGCGAACAAAUGUGAAAGACGAGGAGCAAGAGCCUGAUGAAGCGGAUGAGAGGCACUUGCAGAGAUUGCAGUGGGUCCAGGACGGCGAGGCCAGCGCAGCGGAGGCUGUAAUAUCCUCGACAUCUCAGAACAACGCUAUUCGGAGCGACUUGUUCGAAGCGUACAAAUACAAAAGCGAUAGCGAUAACGAUGAAACGGCCGCCGACGCCACUGAGCCACACGCGGACAAGAAGAGGCAUGACGCGGGAGAUGCCUCUGCCACUCCAGCUGCGCGGACCGCUACGCCUGCCCCCAGCAGCGGAGGAAUCUUCGCCGCAUUGCGAAGAUUUCUCUUUCUCCCGGAGGACGAGGCCAGACGCGCAGCGCUGCGCCGGUCCGUCCAUACAGAAGGCCUUGACGGUUGGCAUUUUUAUUUGUGAGACCUUGGCAUCAAUUCAAUCGGUAUCGUAUCCCGGUCACUGUUGGUGUGCCUUGAGGAAACAAGUUGAUGCUGACAUCGAUAUUUAUUUCGAUAUAUCCUUCUUUGCCGUAUCCCGGGCAAGGGAUAUAUGUCGUGGAGCGGAAGCUGUAUCGUUGAACAGCCUGACUCUUUUCGUGACUGUAACCCAGUAGAAUUUAUUUGUUCGUUAUAGAUGCAACGUAUGCCGUUGUAUCCCGAAAAGAACCAAGAGAAGACAUCAGGGUUGAGGGAGCGUAUCCCGCUUCUACCAGACGAAAGAAAUAUACAACGGACAAGCGCAAGCUGAUGUCGAAAUAUGAAUUUCAACAACUUUGGUUCUAUAUACAUUUUUCAUCGAUAGAUUCAUUGCAAAUUUGGCGGUGCCUCCCACAAAAAUGAAAAAUACGAACUUAGAUGAGAAAGAGAC